UUUUACAUAUAUCAGUUUUAUAGCAAUAAAAAGGAUUAUCAAUAGCGUGUAUUAAGAAAAUAUAUAUGAUCUACUUUAUGGAAAUAUAUUUGCGUAUUAAACUUUAAAUUUUGUGAUUCAUUCAAGAGAAAAAAUUGUCUAGUAAGACAAUAUUAAAUAAUAGUAUGUUUAGUAUCAGUGAACUUUGCUGUAUGUUCUGUUGUCCGCCUUGUCCCGGACCAAUUGCUGCUAAGCUUGCUUUCCAACCACCCGAGCCUACUUAUAAGUUGACGCCCGCUGAUGAUGCAAAUGUGAAGUAUAAUUUACAUUUAUUUGAUCGUGCAGAGUGGCAGUACUCUGAACGUGAUAAGUCCAAAGUGGAAUCAUUUUUCACGCGGACUUCUCGAGGGAAUUUAAUUACAUGUAUAUAUGUACGUUGUAGCAGAAACGCAAAAUAUACGCUACUUUUUUCUCAUGGGAAUGCCGUUGACUUGGGUCAAAUGAGUAGCUUUUAUAUAUCUCUUGGAACGCAACUAAACUGUAAUAUAUUUGGCUAUGAUUACUCUGGAUACGGAAUGAGUGGUGGUAAACCAUCAGAAAAAAAUUUAUACGCUGAUAUUGAAGCCGCUUGGCAAGCACUGAGAAACAGUAUUCUUCCAAAAUUUGUUCAAUAUAGGUUUAAUAUCAGUCCCGAAACUAUUAUUUUAUACGGCCAGAGUAUUGGUACAGUACCAACAGUUGAUUUGGCAACAAAGCAUGAAGUUGGGGCAGUAAUUCUUCAUUCUCCACUGAUGUCCGGACUAAGAGUGGUUUUCCGUAACACCAAAAGAACAUGGUUUUUCGACGCAUUUCCAAGUAUUGAUAAAGUUUCAAAAGUCAAAUCACCAGUUUUAGUAAUACAUGGAACUGACGAUGAGGUUAUAGAUUUUUCCCAUGGGAUAGGUAUUUAUGAACGCUGUCCCAAAGCCGUUGAACCUUUGUGGGUCGAGUUGACGCAAAUCAAGUUUUGUUAAAGGCACAUCGCCAUCCUAUAUCGACCUUACCUUACAUUCAUAGUUUCACAGACAUCAGCAACUGAGAAGAUCGGGAAGUCUUUAUAUCUCCGAUGAUGUUGCGUGAGUAGUUCGGGUCCUUUUUUAAAAAUGUGAACCCAUAUUAGUUCCGGUUUUUCAAAUAAACAUGGAGAAAAAAGAUAGCAAAAGCACUUCGCUAUCAAAACUGUCAUAAAAAGAAAGUCUUGAACCAUUUCGUCAAGUGUUCACAAGCUGUUUGAGGAAAUGGAUUUUUUCCUUUGCUGGAAAUUCAGCGGCCCAUUCUUUUCGAAGGGUGAUAAAUCUCUGAAAGAAUCUUCAUCGCAUCGACUUUUCUGCACGCUCGAUACGGCUAGAAAAGCUCUGAAAACUGUAAUAUGUUGCCGGCUUGAAAAAUACACUGAAAGCGACUGUGGAUUGAACCCAAAGCAGUUUGGUUUCCGGAAAGCUACUGACAUGACUCAGUCAUUUUGUAUGCGGCGCCAAUUUGGCUACCAACAACAAAAUAAAGUUGUUAUAUAAGAAAGAGUGCUUUCAGCAUCCAGAUUAGUAUCACUAAGUACACUGUAUCGGAUGAUGCAAUCAAUGUUAUCUGAGACAGUUUACCCGUAAACAUACAUAGCAUCAUUGCGUGAUUCAUUAGUGCUUGAAAUUCGACACGCCAUAACAUCUAACCAGCUUCUACUUCUUUAUUGGUGUAGACGUUGCUUACGCGGUUAUAGCCGAGUUUACAACAGCGCGUCAGCCCUUCCCUUUUACUGUUUGCCGCCAAUUGGAGAACCCAGGUGUAGCCAGGUUCUUCUUCACCUGGUAUUUCCAACGAAGUAGAGGUAUUUCUCUUCCUCUGCUUCCUCCGACGGGUACUGCGUCGAAUACUCUCAGAACUGGAGUGUUUUCAUCCAUUUGAACGACAUGACCUUGCCGGCGCAGCCGCUGUCUCUUAAUUCACUGAACUACAUAUGUCAACGUCGUCGUAUAUCUCGUCCAGUUCAUCGUUUCAUUAGCUACGAUAUUCGCUGUUGCCAUUGCGCAAUGGGCCAUAAAUUUUCUGCAGAAUCUUUCUCUCGGGAACUCGUAACGCCGGGUCGUCAGAUGUGGAUACCUCUGCACCAUGUAUCAGGACGGAGAUGUAAAGUGACUUGUAGAAUUUGAUCUUUGUUCGUCGAGAGAGGAUUUUACUUCUCAAUUGACUACUCAGUCCGAAGUAAAACUUGUUGGCAACAGUUACUCUGCUUGAAUUUCGAGGUUGACGGUGUUCGAAAUUAUGACUGUCAACAGUGACAUGGGAGCGAAGUCGCGACAACUGUUUGUUUGAUGGCAGAAGAUAUUUCGUCUAGCAAUCCCAUUUGCUUCGCUCAUUUGUCCAACCUGGAGAAAGCGGAACUAACGGCGCGGCUGUAAAGGCCAAUCGAUAUCAUUGGCGUACGCCAGCAAUUGCACACUCUUGUAGAAGAUUGUAUCUUUUCUAUAAAUUGUCUCCAGCAACAAAUUGAAGAAAUCGCACGAUAGAGUGUCGCCUUGUCUGAAACUUCAUUUGAUAUCGAACGGCUCGGAGAGGUCCUUCCCGAUCCUGACGAAGCUUUUGGUAUUGCUCAAUGUCAGUUUCUACAGCCGUAUUACUUUUGCGGGGAUACCAAACUCAGACAUAAUGGCAUAAAGGCAGCUCCUUUCCGAAAACCAAUAGUUUCGUUUGCAGCUGUACGUAAGGAGCUUGAAAAGCCGUCCCACAGUUCUCAUAUACCGAAUUACUGGUGAGAGCUCUCAGUCAGCAGGAAUGCAAGUCGAGGGAAAAUCCUUCGGUUGUAUGUUGUGAUUGCAGAUUCUUGACGUCGAACCUUCUUUGUGUUUGUUAACGUGCUUUUUUUGCUGCACAGAGGCGGAUGCGUAUCUUCGCUGCAACAAGACAGUAGUCCAGUCAUUGCUAUGACCUUGGAGUUUACGCACGUUUUAAAAACUGGAGACCUGUCAGUCACAAUAUGUUCGACCUGAUUGGUGGCUUUUCGAUCCGGGGACAUCCAGGUACCUAGAUGAAUUUUCCCAUGCUGUAAUCUAGUACUACAUAUAACCAUAUGGCGGGCCUCGUCGUAGCCUCAACCCAUUUGGGAAUGUUUCAUCGUGAAAACUGAAUUUACCGACCGUUGUUCCAAACAUACCUUCUUAGCGCACCCUGGCGUUAAAGUCGCCAAGCACAAUUUUGAUAUCGUGACGUGCUCAAUAAUCUUUGAGAAAAAAUAUCUAAUACACUUGUACCAACGUUUUUUCCAAUCCUCGAAGCAGGUGUUCCGGAUUAGCCUGCAAUGCGCCUGGCGAUUCACGUUUAAUGUGUUCAAUUGAUUUAAACCAAUUCUUUUUUUUUAUUAACGUGUUGCUUCGUCCUCAACCGUUUUUAAAUAAUUUUUGCCAAACAAAAAUACUGGCUUGCUAAAAACAAUUAUCACCGAAAGCCUUUUCCUACAUUCUGAACGUUUCGGCACCAGUAAUUUAAUUCCACACUCAAAACUUAUUCGAAUUUCUUUGUUGAAUAAUUUUACUUUUAGUAAAAAUCGCCGAAUGCACGUGUAUAAAGUAUCGGAAAGAAAAGCGUACACUAAACACUAAUGAUUAUUUUAAUGUGAUAUUUGGGAAAGAUUUUAUUGACGGUCAUAUCAACCUAGAAAAAAGAAUAUUUUGACGAAUAGGUUUUCGCGCGAAACAAAUUAAACAUUUAGUAAAUUUUGCUAAGAUAUAUUUUCUAGGUUGCUUUUUAUAUUACGGAAGUUGGCAACCCUACUGUUGCAAUCUGGCAAAUUACAACUUUAUCGUAAAGUUUGACAUUUUUGAUGUUAUACAUACUCAGCAUGGUUUGACAUACGACCGAUAUUUGUGUUGCUUACAGAAACUCGAAAUAUGCAUCUCAGCCAAUAAACAGAAUUAAACCGCAAAUUUUACCCUCGAUUAUAUUUUACAACUUUUGUCGUGGAUUAACUCAGCAACUGAGCAUCGUUGAACUUAAUUCAGUUUUUGGCGACUCCAAGACAAAUUUCGUGGAGGUUGUCUAAAAUCAAUUGUUUUUGCGGAAACUAUUGAUGCUGUGCGCAAACUGAUAUUGCAAGAUCGUUAGGUGACCUAUGGUAAGAUUGAGUUUGAGACAUCGUAGGAGAUGAACAAACGUGGAUUUACGAAUAUUCGCCCGAAAGAAAAUAUCAUUCGACAAAAAGUAGUACGCGCGAGUUAAUACUUUAACCUUCAA